AUGUCCAGUAAAGCCUUUUGGGCGUUAACCUGCUCAUUGAUCUCAUUCAGUGGCUUUAUCUUUCUAUUUCUAGUAGGAAUUCUAGUGCAAAUACAGCCCGAGUAUCUCAAAAUUAACAAGAACGGAUCGAGUCCUGCUACAUCAAUCUUUGAGUCUGCUUGUCUCUAUGGGACACUCUUUGUUGUGUCGUUUACAAUUUACUAUAAAGAGACGAAGAAGAAUGUACCAAGGAACUACGAUCUAAGUGGUUCAACGUCGGAAGAGCGUCAGAGUUUACUAGACAAAUCAAUGAUGAUGAGAAGCUACAGUUGA